CUCAGUCAUGAGUCUACUUCUCAUUACCACACUGCUGGUGUCAGGUCUGGGCAGUCUCUCCUCCUCUGUGCCACGUCAGUUCCAUGUGGUGAAGGAAGAGAAGAACUGGACAGAAGCUCAGCAGUACUGCAGAGAGGAGUUCACUGACCUCGCCACCAUAGACGACAUGACAGAGAAUGAGAAGGUGAACAGCCUGAUCCGUGACGCAGGUGCUGGAAGUACAUGGAUUGGGCUGAAGAGGGGAGACUGGCAGUGGUCUCUGGCCAAUAGGUAUUUCUACAGAGAGAAUGAAGCAGAGUUCAGGAACUGGGCCCUAAACCAACCAAAUGAAAAUAAUGAAGAGUGUGUGGCGCUUAUGAGAGAAAAUGGACAAUGGCAUGACUUCAAUUGUGGCAAGAGCUUUCCUUUUAUCUGCUAUGAUGGGGGAAGCUCCACACAUCCCUAUGUGCUGGUUACUGAGGAGAAGAACUGGGCAGAUGCUCAGAGAUACUGCAGAGAACAACACACAGACCUGGCCAGUGUGAGGAAUCAGACAGAGAAUGACCAGAUAGAGGCAGUUAGUGGAGAUAGACGUGCCCAUUCAGAGCUGCAUAAUCAGAACUGGAUCGGCCUGUUCAGAGAUGCCUGGUCAGAGUGGUCAGAUGGCAGCAGCUCCUCAUUCCGCUACUGGAACACUAGAGAGCCCGAUAAUCGAGGUGUGGCGUGCACUCAAAUUAUAUCCAGUGGCCAAUGGAUUGAUGAAGAAUGUGAUCAUACUGGUCACUUCAUCUGCUAUGAAGACAAGCUGGUUCUGGUCCGUGAGAAUAAGACCUGGACAGAGGCGCUGCAGUACUGCCGAGAGCACCAUGUGGACCUGGUGUCUGUGACGUCUGAGCGGGUCCAGCGCUGGGUGAGUGAGCGGGCUAAAGGAGCCUCCACUGCUCACGUGUGGGUGGGCCUGCGUCACGCCUGUGGCCUGGGCUGGUUCUGGGUCUGUGGAGAGACCAUCUGCUACAGCAACUGGACCCCAGGACAAGAGCAAGCUGAGUCCUGCGAACACAGAGUGGGAGCAGUGGAGUCUGGAGGGGGGCAGUGGGUCAGCAACCUGACAGAGACCGACAAAUUCAACUUCAUCUGCACCACUGAGGAGCAAUAGGACUGGAUCCCCAGUACAGAGCAGAGCAGAAACUCCUCGGGAUCUUAAAGCUGCCAUGGAUGCUCACCAGUCUAUGAGUACUCCAUACUAUGAGUAAUGCUAACUAACUAUUAACUACUAUCACAUACUGGGUACUACUAACUAACUAUUAACUACCAUCACAUACACUACUGUGGGUCCUAUUAACUAACUAUUAACUACCAUCACAUACACUACUGUGGGUACUACUAACUAACUAACUAUUAACUACUAUCACAUACACUACUGUGGGUACUACUAACUAACUAUUAACUACCAUCACAUACACUACUGUGGGUACUACUAACUAACUAACUAUUAACUACUAUCACAUACACUACUGUGGGUACUACUAACUAACUAACUAACUAUUAACUACUAUCACACACCACUGUGGGUAUUACUAACAAAAUAUUAAUUUAGUUAUUUAAGUUCUAUCUACAAUUAUCUAUCUAUCUAAUUACUAUUACAUUUCUAAAAGAAUACCAUUCUUUUCUUCUUGCUAGAAAGUGUGCUAGAAUGCCAAAAUAAAGUUUAAACCUGUAAUGUUUUCUGUUCUGUUUUUGUCCU